AUGUCUCAAGAUUUAUGGGACAUAGUUGAUAGUGGCUUCAAUAAUCCAGAAAAUCCAAUCGUGGAACAGUUGAGGCAAUUGAAGAAAGAUCAACAAAAAGAUGCACAUGCCUUAUAUGCCCUGCAACAAGCCUUGCAUGAUAUGAUUUUUCCAAGGAUCAUGGGAGCCGCAACUGUAAGGGAAGCAUGGAAUACCUUAAAGGAGGAAUUUCAAGGCAAUGUCAAGACUAUUAUGCCAAAAUAA